GGAAGUCCAGAACACACCCAACCUGAUUGAUUGCAGCGUCCAGCAUGCUGGAUCGAGCGUAGGUAAAAGAAAAAGCAGGCAGCAUUUCAACAUGAGGGACCCGCUGACGGACUGCUCGUACAAUAAAGUAUACAAGAGCCUGAAGGAGUUUGCUCAAAAUGGAGACAAUUUCUGCAAGCAGAUCACAUCCGUCCUUCAGCAAAGGGCCAACCUGGAGAUUAGCUACGCCAAAGGGCUUCAGAAACUGGCGGUCAAGCUCAGCAAAGCACUACAGAGCACCAAGAAAAACUGUCUCAGCACUGCUUGGACCUGGGCCUCAGAGAGCAUGAAGUCUGCAGCAGACCUCCAUCAAAAACUUGGCAAAGCAAUUGAGUUGGAAGCGAUAAAGCCAACACACCGCGUCCUGAGUAUGCAAGAGAAGAAGAGAAAAUCGCUUGAUAAUGAAGUGGAAAAGACAGCGAAUCUUGUAAUUAAUAACUGGAAUCAGCAAAUCAAGGCUAAGAAAAAGUUAAUGCUGAGUACCAAGAAGCACGAAGCACUUUUUCACCUUGUAGAAAGCUCCAAGGAAUCCGUGACACAGAAGGAGAAGCAGAAGCUCUUCAACAAGCUGAAAAAAUCAACUGAAAAAUUGACAAAAGAAGAUGAAAGUUACUACCAGAAAAACAUCGCAGGCUAUUCUACCAGGCUGAAGUGGGAAAGCACCCUGGAACACUGCUACAAGAGCUUGCUGGAGCUGGAGAAGGAAAGAAUUCAACUUCUAUGCAAUAACUUAAACCAAUACAGCCAACACAUUUCUCUCUUUGGACAAACACUGACCACAUGCCACACCCAGAUCCACUGUGCCAUCAGCAAGGUUGAUGUUGAAAAAGAUAUCCAGGCUCUAAUGGAAGAGACUGCAAUCCUGUCUGUAGAAAACAAGUCGGAGCUUCUACUGGCUGACUACUUUGAAGAAGAUCCAAAGAACCCAAUGGACAAAGAGCGACGGAAGUCUUUAAUAAAACCCAAAUUGUCGAGACUGCAAAGAGACAUCGAAAAGGCCUCAAGAGACAAAGAAGGCCUGGAACAGAAGCUUAACGCACUUGCCAGUAGCUCCUCCUUUUCUGAUGCCAAGAGCCAGAAAGACAUGGAGAUCCUAAUGGAUGAGAACAAUUUGAAACUAGACCUUUUGCAAGCGAACUCCUACAAACUGUCGUCAGUGUUGGCAGACCUGGAACAAAGGCCAAAGCCCUGCCAUCCCUGUAGCAACUGCAUUUUCAAGUGGAGAGAAAAGGAGCACUCUCAUACUUAUGUGAAAAUAUCCCGGCCUUCUUUGACGAAGAGAUUAGAGACAGCUGAGUGCCAAACACCUGCGGGAGGGCAGAGCAACCCAAGCUCUUCACCGUCAGGCUGUAGUGUGUCCCAAGCCAGCCACCAUCUUUGCAAAGCCUUAUAUACUUUCCAAGCCAGGCAAGAUGAUGAGUUAAAUUUGGAAAAAGGAGACAUCGUGACCAUACAUGAGAAGAAAGAAGAAGGAUGGUGGUUCGGCUCUUUAAACGGGAAGAAGGGCCAUUUUCCUGCUGCCUAUGUGGAGGAACUACCUCCAAGGGCCGGAAACACAGCGACACAGGCAUAAAACAACAGUGGACACUCAGAAGGGCCUUGCACAAUCUGUCAACAAUGGGAUGCAAAAAAAAAAAAAAAGUUAUCCUCUGAAAAUUUUUCUUAUGUAGUGGGUGGUAGAGACCUACCUGCAUUUCACAGUGCUCCAUACAUGGGGUCAUUAACUUCAAACAGUUAAAUAAAAGUCAGUUGAAUUGAAUGAGACAAAGUUUAUGGGUUCCUAGACUAGAUUGGUCUACCCGUGACAAAGAGAUGGUCAUCCAGAUUGCCUGAAGUCAUAUCAUAAUAUGUAAGCACACAAGAAAGUAAAAUGUAGGUGCCUUUUUAUCUCUAGCUUUGGGUGGCAUAAAUGCAGCAGGCCUCUAAGCGGUCAAGCAAAGCCUGGGAAAUAAGAAACACAGACCAAAGUCAAAGUUAACAGCGACAGGCAAACAGGAUUCACAAGGUAGAAAGCAGAACAAAGGAUGAGGAGCCAGGCCCCAAAGUUAGAGCCCACUGCAUUAAAGAGGGGCUGUGAUACAAGACGUCCAGCCUAGAACCUCAGCAGAAGAUCUCAGGGCAGAGUGAGGUUUCAACCAGAGCCCUUGACCUUUUGAGGCAGUGACUUCUCAUUAGGCCCCGCCCACCACCAAUAGCUCUAGUAAGGUCAAAUGCAACCCAGAGAUGGCUUCAGAACUGAGGGGAAACAAACAGGAAGGGUGAGGAGAUGGUGGUGUGUGAAAUUUGUGCCUCCUUUCCUGUAUGGAAAAUUCUUUUGUCAACUGAAAAACUGGGUCGCUGCAGAAGGAAAACCCUAAGCAGCUUCCUACCGAAAGGAACGUUAAUGCCAGUAAGAACCUAGUUUGAGUAAGGAAGCAGAGCCCAAUAUUCCCCAUCAAAAUGGACCUUUUGUUGGUGUGUGUGUGUGUGUGAGUGUGUGUUUUGAGACAGGAUCUCACUAUAUAACCUUGGCUUAUCUGGAACUCACUAUGCAAACUAGGCAGUCCUUGAACCUGUAGAGAUCUACCUACUUCUGCCUCGGCCUCACAAAGUCUUGGAUUACAGGCCAAAAUGGGGCAUUCAAGCAGCUUCCUCAAGUGCCCUUUCAUAAGAGAAGCUUGAGAAUGAAAGCAAACUCCCCACAGGGCGGCAGGGCAUGAUGGAUGUACGGUAGCAGUUUGCAGAAAAUGGAGAGCACACUCAGGGGACUGACAGAAAUGGUGCUGAUGAUGGCAGUGCGUGUGCAACUUCAGGUCUCUGCCAAACAGAACGGCCUCAGAGCCAUCUGCAUUCAAUAAAAUCCUCACAUUGUU